GAUAAUAACAAAAUAUUUUAUUGAUGCGGUCAAUAACUCUGGAUUAAUAACAAUAGUUGAGUCCUUUUCUGUAUGUUUUCUUUGUGUAUACAUAACUUUAUUAAAAGUAAACAUUGAAAAUGAUCUCAGAAUCGGAACCACCAAUAUUACACAUCGAACACAACAUACCUCAAAUUCGUCAACGCUUUUCUUGGGACUGUGGUGUCGCUUGUGUACUGAUGGUGUUACGAGAAAAACAACGCCAGUAUUUUAUGGACAAUUUUUCUAGAAUACUACGAGAAGAAGGCAUUGGUAGAUGCACUUGGACUAUAGAUCUCUGUUAUUUGUUAAAACGAUUCAAUAUAAAUCAUUGUACAUACACUGCUCGAUGCGAUGUAAAUCCCAAUUAUAAAAAGAUUCAUACACAGGUAGUAAAUCGAGUGCGCAAAAAAUUUACGAAUGCUGUAAAAAAUGGCUUAAGACUAAAACAGAAUGUGCUAUCGAUGCAGGAAAUAGCGCAUCAUGUCAUCAAUUUCGGUCCAGCAGUUUUGCUUGUCGAUAUAGGUUUGCUUACAUGUACCGUCUGCAAAAGUCACACGCUUUCCUCUGAAUUAAGGCUAAUGUUCGGCGGUUCGUACAGAGGGCACUACAUAUGUCUGACAGGCGUGUCUGGCAACAGGGUGUUGUACCGCGACCCCGCGCGCGAGCACCCGCUCUGUAGUGUUACCAUGCAUCGACUGCAAAUGGCGCGGACGACGCUCACUGACUUUGAUGUUAUACUUGUUUAUAGCAAAUGAAGAAAUAAAUUGUUUAUAAUAUAGGUGUAUGUGUAUUAAUGAAGAAUUGUACUGUAAGUGUAUAUACAGCCCAUGUUUACCGCCAACUUACUGAAGUAAAUAAUGUAAAGGAACUUGAAAUCAAAAUUAUUAAGUCAAUAGUUCCUAAUUUCUGAACAGUGUACAUGACUUAUUUUGUACUCAACAGCAGGAGUUGUCGAGCUUCGGAUGGUUCUGUCAGAAAUAUAUUGCGCUUAGAUAAUGCGUAUAUAAGAUGACUGACUAUCGCAAUGAGACUUUGUAACGGUCAGAUUUUAUAUUUUUGAUAUCGUCUAGUUGGUUAUCGUUUAGUGUAGUCUUUCUAUAGAAGGAUUUUUCACACCAUGCAAGUAGUUAAAGGAUUAUUUGAAACACUGCUGAGAUAAUAUUGCAUCAAUUUAAUGA